AUGCCCUCGGGUAAACUAUCGGGAAAAAAUCAGCUAAUCGAGUCUUUCUGUGUCAAAGGUGAACUCUUAUUUGGCAAAAUAUUCUUUUCCGCAGCAAAGACUUGGGACCAUUUCUUGCAGCCCUUGAAAAUGGACUGUGAGGAAUUGCUUGGGCGUUUUCAGAUGACGGAGUCUGUGCGAUAUGAGGAGUUUGCAGCAGUUUGGAGAGAUAUGGACUUUUCCAGUUUAUUUUACGGAGAUCCCAAUCUAAAUGAUAGGAGGAUCUUCACACGUCUUGCCUUUGCCACGACCUACAAUUACUUGUUGCCCCCGUACAGUUUUCAGAUCAGAGUUGGGGCUUUGUACAUGCUCUUUGGCAUGUACCACAUUCAACUCACCACACCUAAGGAAAAGAUCUGGAUGGCUUUAAAAGACUGGGAAGGUGUGCAGAAAUUUGUUCAAGAUGCUAUCAGCUGCCAGCACCUAGAUGUGAUCUAUGUGUACAAAAGACUUGUGUGUGAGAAGGCUCUUCUGUUCUGUGCCAUGCCCAAACAGCUCAUGUACCAAGUGAAGAGAAAAGCGGUCACGCAGGAUGUGUGUGAAGAGUUCCGAGACCGCCCAGCCAGGGUCUUUGAGCUCAUCUCUGCUGAGACACUGGACGAAAUUACAAAUAUCCAGGGCCAUUAUGACCACAUGAAAGAGUUUUUGUCUUUAUCCUCAAAAGUGGGUGUUACGCCUCUUGAUCUGCCAGGUCGAUUGCAGCAUUACGCACUAGACUUUCACCAGUGGCAAGAGCAGAACACUCACUGCCAGACUGAGAAAGGUAAAGCCCUGGAAGCCAAUGAGAAGAUAACCUCCCAGCAAUCUGAGUCUUCCCAGAGGGCAGAACUACUGGCUGCUAUCAAGUCGAAAUCCUACAAACACCUGACGGAGGUAUCAAAAUCACGCCGACACAGACAGGUCGAGAUGGACACCUCAGGAUCAGGGACAGACCAUGCACAGGAGCCCCCUGCUUACCGCAGGAGAAGACCCCCCUCUCUCAGGGCCCGCACGUGGAAAAGUCUGGGUGGCAAAGGGGAAGAUGAACUAACAAAAUUCUGGAUUCUGAGCUCAAAGGAGGAGGACAAAUCAGCAUUGAAACGCAGAAGUCAAAGGUACAAAUUCAAGUGGUGA